CUGUCUCCCCGCCGGAUUCAGCAUCUGGACCCGGACCAGGUUAAAGUCAGGAGGGGAGCCUUCCCAGAACAGGAACCGCUGUCGCAGUGUAUUUUUAAUUAAUUUUUACAGCGUGUAAAAUGCAUACAAUAAUAAAAAAGGCUAUUGAUACAUAAAGCAGUUUUUCAGCGGGGUUGGCUGGUGUUUUUUAGCCGCUAUCUCUAGUUUCAUCCUCCGCCUUUGUCCUCAUGUUUUUCCCCCGGAGUUCCUCCCCCUGCGGCGCUGGGCGGAGUUUCAUACCGGACUAGACGCUCCUUUUGUCGGAUCCGUUUCGAGCUGACUCCCCGGGGUUUACGGCUGAAAAAAACACACUUUGAAAGUGCCGAAAUAAUCCAAACGACCACAGUGGUGUGCGGUAUUAAACCGGCUUUCUGUCUCAAUCUGCAGAGGAGUGAGGCGGUGGAGUCCUCUCCAUCACUCGCUGCAUGAUGAACGGCAGCAGCAGCGUCUCUGUGGCUCAGAGCGCCAGGAUCAAGAGUGAACCAGAUGAUUGGACGAAGGAGGACUGUCUGAUGCUGCUGGAGAGGAUCCGGACUCUGCUGCCCGACACCGACGCCAUGAAGUAUAAAACCACCGAGUCGCACUUCGACUGGGACAAGGUCGGCUUCGCCGGCUUCACCGGCGAGAUGUGCCGCCAGAAAUGGCAGAAAGUCUCCUCUGACGUCCGUAAGUACAGAACGAUGACGGAGCUCAUCGUCGACGCCACAGAGUUCGUGAAGAAUCCGUAUAAAGGCAAAAAACUGAAGGUGAGUCCCUCAGACGGCAGGCGGGUCCAUAUGUCCCUCAGACGGCAGUCAGGUCCAUAUGUCCCUCAGACGGCAGGCGGGUCCAUAUGUCCCUCUGACGGCAGGCGGGUCCAUAUGUCCCUCUGACGCCAGGCGGGUCCAUAU